CUCAGCUGUUUUGCUUCUUCUUCUACAUUGUUGUGUUGACUAAUUUUUUUUGUUUGUCUAGUAAAAAUUGCAAAAUUUACAUUUCUUUUAUUCUCAUCGAUAGCUUAUAAUUUUUGAAAAAGUAAUGACUUUACCGGAAUUUUUUGGUUGUUCCAUGAUAGCAUUUGGACCACCACUUGCGCUGUUCAUUUUCACAAUUGCAAAAAACCCCAUUCGUGUUAUUAUACUGGUAGUGGCGGCUUUCUUCUGGCUGUUGUCUCUGUUAACAUCCUCCCUCUUUUGGUAUGUGGUCAUACCGUUGCGACAUAUUUUGGCUUUUGGCACCAUCUUCUCCGUCUUGUUUCAAGAAUAUUUUCGUUAUUUACUAUAUUUACUAUUGAGAAAAUUCGAAGAAGGGCUGGAGGCAGUAGCCGAUGAUAGGAGACUAUUGGAAAAUAAACACAUAUUGGCUUAUGUAUCCGGUUUUGGAUUUGGUAUUAUAUCGGCUAUGUUUGCUUUGGUCAAUGUGUUGGCGGAUUUAACUGGUCCUGGUACUUUAGGUCUCAAUGGCGGCACGGAAAGUUUCUUUAUGGUUUCAGCCGCUCAAGCGUUAUCCAUAUGUUUACUACAUGUCUUCUGGGGUGUUAUUUUCUUCAAUGCAUUCGAUACCAACAACUAUGUACACAUUGUUUAUGUAGUGGGUUCCCAUUUAUUUGUCAGUCUCAUCACUUUACUUAAUACUCAACAACUGUAUGCUGCCUCCCUAUCAAUUAAUUUCACAGUUACUAUUGUGACUGCUGUUUUGGCAUUCCGGGUGGCUGGUGGCACAAUACGUUCAUUUAAACGUUUUAUAACCUGCCAAUAAUGUAUUGUAAUCUACGAACAAAAGACUAAUUCCUCAUAAUCCUCCUUUACUCUAUUCCAAGACGCAGGCGGUAACUAAGCCCUCUCUAAAUUAGUAUUAAGUUUAAAAUCAUAUUGAAUGUAUUUGGAAUUUAACAUUGA